AUGGCGUCAAUAGGGAUAAUGACAGCACCACCUGCACUGCCAGGAGGCAAGAAACUGAUUUGUCGAGUAUGCCAAAAAGCAUUCUCGAAGGCCGAGCACUUGAGGCCAUAUGUCUGCAGAGAAUGUCGAAGGCCCUUUGCCCGACAAGAUGCUCUUACUCGCCAUGAAAAGCUGCAUGCUCGUUCCAUAAAUUCAAAGAAUGAUUCGUCGGAGGUACACUUGCCGCCACAGCCUACAUCUCUAGAUUCUCUCCCUUCGUGGGAUACGAGUAGUGCUUCCACUGCUGAUCCGGCGUCAACUUCAGCAACGAUUCACUCCUGGGACGAGACUCAUCUUGGGAAUCAUGUGAGUAUGCAUAAUGUCACCUCGGAAUUGGACUUUGCGUUGGUCUGGCCCGACUCGGAAAGCUUGUUUCAAACCUUGAUGUCCUCGGAUACCACAGAUCAAUGGCAGAUGCCGCUUGGUACCUUACCCUUUCCAUCUGUCGUGCAGGAUAUGAAUGGUAUGAAUUUCGGGUCUCCAAAUUCAUUCGAUGACCAUAGAUCUUCUGUCGGGGCAAUACCAUCUGGUGGAGGGCAUCAGGCAGUGCGAGAUGUCACAGAGAUGGUAACGAGCUCGUCAUCCAGUGUUACCGCUGCCGUCAAAGCCACAUCCAUCACUUCCGUAUUCCUCGACGAAUGCCUUCAUAUGUUUUUCAUCCGCUUCAUCCCCACAUUCCCAAUCUUACAUCGUGCAACUUUUGUUUUCCGAGAAUGCACACAUGCUCUCCUCCUUAAUGCCAUCGCCAUCGGCUCUUUGUACCUAGGCCCCAAGGACUCAGUUGCAAAAGGCGAAGCCCUAUGGCACCUAGCGCAUACCGCACUUUCAACUUCAUGGCAGUCUAUGAUCAUACAUAAUGGCCCCUAUGAUGCAUGCAAGGGCGUUCAGUUGAUGAUCACUGCUCUACUGGGUCAGAUUUAUGGGGCGCUAUCCAAGAACCGGGCAAUUCGAACCACCAGCCAGGUCUUCCAUCCAUUGGGAUUCUUAUGGGCAAGACACUGCGGCAUGUAUGACAGCGAGCCAUACUCAAUGGACAAUCUGCCCUCGAUCGAUGCCCCCGCUGCAGAAAAAGAACACCAGUGGCGAAUCUGGUCUGCGCGGGAGAUCCAGCAACGCACCCUGUUGGCCUACUACGUCCUGGAUGGGCUCGUGGCUCAAACGUCGAGCGACGGUGCCUCUUCUCGCCAUGUAGCAAACCCACUCAGCCUCCCGAGUAGCGAGGAAGCCUUUGAUGCGGGCACUGCCGAUGAAUGGUUGGCUCAUAUGCAUCCCCAAAAGCCGGAUCAGUCCUCAUUCAGGACGAUUUUCCGCUCCCUCUUCCCACCGGUUGGUAGCUUCCGCCCUUUAGAAUACAAAUUCUCCACCUUCGCACUUCGUGUGGUACUAGAAGGUCUCCAUUCUCUGAUCUCCGACUUUGAUUAUAAUGAACUAGCUGUGGGAGUUCCUAGCCAAUCAGAUGUCCGGCGAGCUCUAGCUCAAGUCCACGAGACAAUAUCUAUGAGUAUCCACUUUACUGCAGCAGAAAGACUCGAAAUUCUCCUGCGCUGGCACACAGUAUGUCUAGAUACAAUGAUCAACUCAGGCGUUCUCUCUCGCCACGUCUGUUCGCGCUACAACAUUAUCCAACACGUCUCUGGUGGAUGCGGAACCGUCCGCCCGGGCUUCGAUAUAGUAAAAUGGGCUAAUUCAGAAGACGCGCGGCGGGCAGUCCUCCAUGCGGUCGCCAUCCAAGACAUUGUCGAACAAUUACCACGUGGCCGCGCGCAUGUCGUGCACAUGCCCAGCUCACUGUUCGCAGCGGCAACAAUAUACGUCGUUCUUUCACUUGCAGGAGCGGCCACUGUGAAUUUACCUCGAAACAUCGUUUGGCAAGAUGCUUUGCUGUCCCAUUCGGAUCUCAACCUAGGCCACGAGGACAUCCGGCCCUUAUCUGGCUCGGAGACAAAGCGCUUUGUCGAGAAUGGAAAUGGGGCUUCCUCCCUCCCCCUUCCAAUCGGUGGUGCUGUCAGGAAUCUGCUUUAUGAACUCAACUCUAUGCAAAAGCUUUUCCGGUGUUUGUCUUCGCAGUGGGGUAUUGCGCAUGAUAUGGAGGAUAUUAUUGCGCAAUGGAUUCAGCUCUGUCAUUAG